GAAAAAAGCUUUUAAAUUUGUGAUGGCAGAAGACCACUCCGAUGAUAGUGAGGAUGAGGAGGACAUGGUUGGUGAACCAUUUGAUAGGAACUUUACCCUAUGUUCCCGGCAACGGCUGUCCUGUUUUGCUCACAGUCUUCAGCUAGUAGUGGGCGAUGGAUUAAAGGAGGUGAAGUGCCUUUCUCAAGCAAUGUCCAAAGUGUCAAAACUUGCAACUCUACUGCAUAGCAGCACAAUUUUCAAAGACAAGUUUGAGGCCGUCUUUGGCUAUGGCAAAAGCAUUCCAGUGGCCACUGUAACACGAUGGAAUUCCACCUUCAAGCAAAUACAGGCCAUUACGGAGCUGGAUCACACCACCUUGACAGAAAUGUGCUCUCCCGACUUUAAGAAUGUUCUCAUCACAACAAGAGAGUGGGCUCAGUUGAGAGAACUUUGUUUGAUUCUUGGACCUUUUGCUGAACCAACUGAAUUAACAGAAGGAGAAAAGAUCAUCACAAUCAGCAUGGUUGUUCCAACAGUGCUUGACCUGAACACUCAUCUAAUUCAGAUAGAUUCGCCAAAGAGCCUCUGCAGGCCAUUGAUCAGAGCACUCCGGGAGUCACUCCAACAAAGGUUCUCAAGCAUCUUCAUUGCACUUCAUAUGGUAGAGCCUGAGGACCAUAGCUUUGAUGCACCAUUUAGUCAUGAAAUAUGCACAAGCUGCAAUGUUGGACCCUCGGUUUGGAAUGAGCUGGGUCGACAUGGAUGUGAGGACCAGUGGCAGCACUGUAUAAAGAGACUAAGGGAGGAGGUGCGGAAGUCGCUGACAGACUGCUUGAUAGCUGAAGCAGAAAAGGCUGACCUGGAAAAUAUCCAUGCCAGAGAGGGACCUACAGCAGAACCACCUCAUUCUCCUCCAAAUUCCAAGAUUCCACGACUCCUGGCAAAGUAUAAAACUCAAAAAAAUAAACAUAGCACUCCCACUGAGGCAAGCAUUGUCACUCAGGUUAUGAAAUACUUUGAACACAUCCAGAGCUCUCUGAUAGAGGAGGACCCCCUUAUGUUCUGGGCUCACAACAAGGACAAAUAUCCACAUUUGCAUGCUCUUGCUCUUAAAGUGCUGUCUGUCCCUGCAUCUUCAGCACCAUUUGAAAGAGUUUUUAGUGCUGGAGGACUUCUUAUGAGGCCCCAUCGAGCAAGCCUAGGAUCAAAAAUGCUCUCAUCACUUAUAUUUCUCAAGUGCAACAAUGGACUUCUGUAAAACAGAAAAGAAUACUGAGAAUGUACAGUAUGAGGAUUAGAUGCAGAGCCAGUUCAGGUUAGGGUCCUGCUAUCCCAUACUUGAAUACAAUUCUGCACUAAAACUGUGUUGGUAAUCCCCUGGGGGAUUUUGA